AUCUUCAGCAAAUCAGUCUCUCUAUCUCUAUCCCAAUCUCUUGGGAACCCAUGUGCAUUGUCAAUAAUUUCUAAAAAAAAAAAAAAUCCCACCAUUUUCAUUACCUUGAAAACGGAUUAUCAAAAACAAGUAAGGUAUAAACCUUCUUUUGUCGAAGAUGAAAGGAGGCAAGUUUGUGGCCGUGGGUUUCUCCGGUAUCCUCGUUGUAGCGGUGGUCAUCGGUGUCGUUGUUGGGUUUAACAAGUCCUCCUCCUCGUCGGGCGAUUCGAACAAAGGCGAUGUCUUAUCGACGACAUCAAAGUCCGUCUCCGCCAUUUGUAGCCCGACGGACCACCAGCAGGCGUGCGUGGACAGCCUCAGCGCGGUUGCCAACAACCAAUCCGCCACCCCUAAGGACUACCUCCAGGCUGCCCUCCAGUACACCGUCAGCGCUGUGAAAGCUGCGUUAUCGAACACUACGGCUAUCGGGAAUGCAGCCAACGAUCCCUUGAACAAGAUGGCUGUGGAGGAUUGCCAGGAGCUCCUGCAGUAUGCGAUCGACGAGCUCCAGGCCUCCUUUUCGAUGGUGGGCGACAGCAGCUUGCACACCAUGAACGACAGAGAGGCCGAGCUGAUGAACUGGCUGAGCGCCGUGUACUCGUACCAGCAGACAUGCCUCGACGGGUUCACGCAGACCGAUCUCCAGAAGGCGAUGUCGGACGGGCUCCUCAACGCCACCCAGCUCACCGAGAACGCCCUGUCCAUCGUCUCGUCCAUUUCCCAGAUCCUGACCGCGUUCAACAUUCCCCUCAUCAACACGACCAGCAUCUCCAACGCAAGCUCUCAGCAACGACGCCUCCUCGAGGCAUACGAUGAAACCGCAGGGGGUACCGAUCAGUACCCUACGUGGCUCUCGGCUGCAGACAGGAAACUGCUUGCGCGGGCGAGCCCGAGCAGUAACAUAAGGCCCAACGCUGUGGUGGCCAAGGACGGGAGCGGGCAGUUCAGGACCAUUGCGGCGGCGCUGGCAGCAUACCCGAAGAACCUGCAGGGGAGAUACGUUAUUUACGUGAAGGCAGGGAUCUACGAUGAGUACAUUACCGUGGAAAAGAACCAAGUGAACAUUUUCAUGUAUGGAGAUGGACCCAGGAAGACAAUGGUCACCGGAAGGAAAAGCAAUGCCGGUGGCGUCUCAACAUUCAAGACUGCCUCAUUCAGUGCAAUUGGAGAUGGGUUCAUAGCAAAGGCAAUGGGAUUCCAAAACACAGCCGGGCCACAAGGACACCAAGCGGUGGCACUCCGGGUCCAAUCCGACAGGGCCGCCUUCUACAACUGCAGGAUGGACGGGUACCAAGACACAUUGUACGCCCAAGCCCACCGCAACUUCUACCGCAACUGCGUCAUCUCCGGCACGGUCGACUUCAUCUUUGGCGACGGCGCCACCAUCAUCCAGAACUCACUCAUCAUCAUCCGGAGGCCCAUGGACAACCAGCAGAAUACCGUGACCGCCCACGGGCGCGGCUACGCCAAGGAGACCACCGGCAUUGUGAUCCAUAACUGCCGCAUCGUGCCCGAGGGCAAGUUGUACCCGGCGAGGUUCCAGAUCCCCACGUACCUGGGGCGGCCCUGGAAGGAAUAUUCCAGGGCCGUGAUCAUGGAGUCCACGCUGGGGGACCUGAUCCACCCCGCGGGAUGGAUGCCCUGGCAGGGGGAUUUCGCCCUCAACACUUGCUUUUUCGCAGAGUACGCGAACCGGGGACCGGGCGCCGCGACCGCUAAGAGGGUGAACUGGAGGGGGCACAAGGUGAUCACCAACCGGGCUGAGGCUCUUUCCUACACGGUUGUGCCGUUUAUUCAGGGACAGUCGUGGCUCGGAGCCACGGGUGCACCAUUCUUCGUUGGUUUGAAAUACUAGAGUGAAAAUAUACAAAAUGUGGUGGUGCUCUGGUGAAAAAAAGAGUGAUUUAAUUUAAUAAAUGCGGAGAGACUUUGAGUCAUUAUAUUUAUAUAUAUGUGCACUUUUGACCAUCUUAAUUAUUGAAAGUUUUGGAUAUGUUAAUUUUGUGGUACAUCAUGUAACGUUGAAAUCAAACUAGUACAAUAUAUUUCGAAUAUUUUUGAGUUGUUCAUUUCA